CCCGGGGAGGGAAAUCUAGCGGGGAGAUACAGGGGCCCGGGAGUCUCUCAGCGCCCACAUUACAGCCUGGCACCAUGAGUUGGGACAGGAGAGUGGUGCGGGUAUGUGGGGUCCCGGGACAUUUGUUUGAAGAGGGGCUUCUGAGCGACAAACUUUGGAUUCAUUUCUUGCGCCCCAAAAACCAGGGGGGAGAAAUUCAGGACCUGCGUUACCCCACAAAGGAGAAAGGAGUUGCCAUGGUGACAUUUGAAGAGGAAAAAGUGGCGGGACGGAUCUUACAGACAAGACAUUCGCUCGAUGUUAAUGGACAGUCGUUCCCACUGGAAGUGAUGCGCCCCCAGUUCUCCAUGCCUGUGGUGACCUCCUUGGAUCUAGAUCGUAUCGUAAGUGAGAAGCUCCUGAAGGCUUUAAUGGAGAAGCACAGAAUCAGGGGAUUGAGCAGAAGCCAUCAUACUCUCACCAUAUCUGCCGAGUUCAAAGAUCUGCAAAGAUUCAGAAGUGAGAUGAUGGCCAAAGACCUGAUUUGUAACCCAUCCCCCCUGGGCAAGAAGUCACGGAACCCAACAACAGUACAGGGGGCAGAAUCCCCGAUGAAGGACGUGAAGCCUUCAAACCAACAACCUUCUGGUUUGGAGAAUCCCCAAAGCCCAAGGACACCAAAUAGCACUCGUUUCCACGAGAAGCACCCCAGGGGUAGGAGAAGGGAAGCCAAUAUGGCGCCCACAUUUAGCAACGCUGAUAGUUUAAGGGACAGACUCACGGCUAGCUCCAUAGACUCAGUUGUCCAAGGUUCAGGAGAAGGUGGAACGUCCUUUAAGCCAACAAGGGACCCAAAAGUGAGAAUUAAUGAUGACUCAGUUCCACAAAUGCUGAGGGACCUCAACCUUGGCUCUUCCACCACCACCGACAGGGGCCGACCUUCUGGGGAAGCCAGCGGGACUACCCGGAGACCAUCAGCAGUUGCUAAGGACUUUCCCUCCGAGAGGUCCCUCGUGAGAAGCUUCCACGUGGAUAAGGAUGUCCUCUACUACGUUAGGGUUAUUGAGAAGGAAUACGUGGAAGGUGUUCUCAGGAGAUGUUUCGUUGACAUGGAAGUGACAGAUGAUGAGGACAUUUGCUAUGUGACCCUAAAGGCCCAGUUCCCUUUGUUAAAAACAUUAUUUGAAGAUUGUCAUGGUACAAUAUCUCAGCUUUUCAUUAGAGCCCAGGACCUUCUCAGGACUGAAGAUGUGGAUCUGACCCAGUUCUCACCCUCGGCAAGAAGAGAAAUUGCUGAUAAAGUAAAAGACUUUGGACGUGCGCAACGUGUUGCCAUAGUUACUUGUAAAGACGCAUUACACCUCAUUGGGGGUUCCCAUGAACUCCACGUGUUUAAAGAAUGGUGGAAAACAGUUAGUUGUGCAAGAGCGCCAGAUGCUGACCGAGAGGUGGAGAAUACGGCGGGAAGACAUUUGCCCCACCCUCCCAAUAUGGGGAGGAGCUACGCAGGUACCCAUGAGAAGAGCACCAAUCAGGGUGAGCAGGAUGUGACACCAACGGUCAGACGGAGGGGCAGUGUCCCCGGCAGCCCACAGACAGUCCGGCAGAACCAUCAGUCUGGUGGGAAACAUGAAAGCAAAGAAUCAAGUUCAGCUCCCAGAACCAGAACCAAUAGUAAGACCCGUGGAAUGACUCACCCGAACCCAAACAGAUAGUGUGGAAUGUCAAGCACGUCUCUGGGUCUGGCCCAUUUAAGGGCCAUUUAAGAAAAUGAUGAGUUUGGGUCGGAAAUGGGUCAGAACACUGAUUGUGUCUAUCCUGUUAGAGCACAAUGUCUCAUUGCAUAGAGAAGUCCUGGUAUUUAUUGGGUUUCCUCCUAGGACUGCUGCGUUCAGCCAUCUUGUUUCUGUUGUCUAAAUCUAACACAACAGACUGGGCGGGGCUUGGUUUACUUUACCCGGGGGCGGAUCCUGUAUGACCAUGGGAAAGAGAGCAGCCCAGGA